AUGGCAGCCGCAACACUAGCUUCCACGGCGAGCACGCCCGCAAUGGGUGGCUGCGCGGCCAAUCGCGGAAAAAAUAGUUUCUCCAUCGAGCACCUGUUGGCCAGGCCGGAUCGCUCGAGUGCAUCCGGGAGUUGCUAUGCGGGAUUCGUGGAUCCGUUCUCCACCAUGGCCAACCCAGCGGCUCUUGCGGCAGCGCCCGCGAUUUAUCAAACCGUCCUUCACCCGUCGGUGGUCGAUGGCGGAUUCGAACGAGCAGAUGAGUCGUCUUCCGGUCCGAACGGGAUCGUGUUUGACGAUCGGGCCGUACCGCACCGAUCCGGCUCUUCGUCGCCCAACUCGAGCUGCAACGAGGACACGAUGGACAACUGCUCCGAAGUCGCAUCGGAGGGCAGCACCGGCACCGGAGCAGCGGCAACUGACGAUCGGAAGAAGCGUCCCCGGACCGCAUUCUCGGCGGCCCAGAUCAAAGCGCUCGAAACGGAGUUCGAGCGGGGCAAGUAUCUGUCCGUCGCCAAGCGGACCGCACUCGCCAAGCAGCUCCACCUCACCGAGACGCAGAUAAAGAUCUGGUUCCAGAACCGGCGCACCAAGUGGAAGCGCAAGUACACGGCCGACGUAGAGUCCCUGGCUUCGCAUUACUACACCCAACUCGGCAUCGGUAGCUUCGCCCGGCCGAUGGUCGUGGGCGACCGGUUGUGGCUGUUCAGCCAAAGCCCGAACGGUCCCACACCGGUACAAUCGAUGCUGCUGAACGGUCCCGGUCCAAGUGCAGGGCCACCCUCCACCGCCCAUCACCUGUCCACGGUACGAACCUACGCCACGGGUCUACCAAACGUUAGCCCGGCAGUGGCUUUUGGGAGUCCCCGUGCCAUCACUCCGGCCCCCGGUGGUGCUACGUCAUCCGGUGCCUCGGCCGGUUAUCUGCAUAAACUGUCACCAGCCGCACAACCUCGAAUACCGGGUUCGCUCGGGCUGCGGCCACUGCUCGCGGCUGGUGAGUACGUAGAGGCAGCUUACUAUGGUCCGGUCGUGCCGGACACAUUGACCGGACCACGGUUUAGUGCCAUUCCGCCGCAUCUCCUCAAUCCACUACCGACGGAUGGGGCACCAGCAACCGGUGGAGGGUCGGGAAUCGCCGAUCUGGAGCGUGCCUUCGGUAAUCCGAGUAGCCUGAUCGAGAGUCUCACCACGGGAUACACAGACCCGGGCGGACCACGGGUCCCAGCUCCGGAGCAAACCGAUUUCAUCAACAACAACAACAACAAUGAGUGCAGUAGCAAGAACCCGAACGUCUUACAGGACGAUUCAUCCAGCGAGAUUGACUGCGAGGAGCUUGAAGACGGCGCACCUGUUUAG